GUUCACUUCGUAAAAAUGGAUAUUCCUGUGCAAAUAGCUGUUCGAUUGAAGCCGCCAAACAUAGUUGAUUCUACACAGUGCAUAUUUAGUAAUCCAGCAAAUCAAACAGUCAUCACUGAGAGUGGACAAACGUUUCAUGUGAACAGGGCUUUACCAAUAGACUGCACUCAAGCGACCCUCUUCAGUUCUUUUAUGAUACCACAGAUCAACUGCUUCUUGGAUGGAUGUGAUACUUCGGUUGUUGUUUUUGGUCAACCCAAGACUGGAAAAACUUACACUUUAUUUGGACCUGGUUUUGAAUGUAUCCACAGUGAAAGUGACCAAGGAAUUGUGCCUAGGUUUCUAACUGACAUAUUUCAUAAAUUAAACCAGAUGCCUGAAAGAGAAUACAUAUUGCACAUAACAUGGAUGCAAGUGGUCAAUAAUAACAUAUUUGAUGUGCUUGGAGCUGGCUUAGUUAGAUGCUGCAAUGUUGAAGAGGCAUUUCAGUACCUUCAGUUGGGAUGGAGACAAAGAUGUCUUGGAAAUAAUCACACUGUGUUUACAGUAAGCAUGGAGCAAAAGUGGGUAGGCACCAAUGGAGUCCUCAACCACAGAAUGUCCACUGCUAGCUUCUGUGACCUAGCUGCCUAUCCUGACUCGGGCCUCUUUGCUCUAGAGAACAUAAUUAAAGAGUUACUAGCAGGCAAUCCACCCAAGCAAAUAAAUUAUGACCGCUGUAUUCUUACUGCAAUGUUGAGAGACUCAUUUGGAGGCAGAGCAUUCACUUGGGUCAUAGGUUGUAUCAGCACUAAACCUGAAGACUACCAAGAUACCUUGAAGAUAUUAAACUUAUGCCUGUGCUGUCGGGGAAUAAAGAACUUAGUCACAGUCAAUUAUUUUGCAGAUAAUAAUACUCCAGUGUACAAUGAGAAAGUAGUACUGCAACCUGCUGAUAAUAACUUUAAUCUUCAGUUUGCUACUACCCAAUGGAUCAAGCUAGUAUCAAAUGCUGAAGGACUUUUUAACAAGAUUUUGCAGUCAAAGUCAUUGUCAGAAGCUGAUAUUAACCAAGUUAGUGAGUGGUUAUUUCUGAAGGCAGAAUGUGACGAAUGCUUAAAUGGUGAUGGUGUGGAUAAUAAAGAAGUAGGUCCAAAGCAGGGUCUACCAAGAAUAGCAGAAGACACUGAACCCAGUGAGCCUAGUGAAUCUGAUGUAGAAUCUGAUUCUGUGGACAGCCAUUCUGAUACUGUUUUUCAAGAUAAAGUUGAAAAGUUUAUGGAAUAUUUUAGGGAAAAGAAUGAUCAGCAGUUUGCAGACAGAUGUGAAGAAUAUUUAAACCACAUAGAUUCAGAUGACAUUACAAUAUCGGAAACAAGCGGCUCCCAGUCACUGCCUAUUAUGACCUCACAGUCCAAUUCUGGUCGCAGAAGAACCAUUCAACCUGGUGAAAGCCUCUCAGGUGCUGAAUUAGAACUCUUAAGAAAGGUGGCUGCUAAGGCAAUUUCUCCAGAAACUCAGAAAAUACUUAUUGAAUCUCAUAAAAAAGACGUAGACCCUGAACCAAAAUUGAUUGAAAGAGAAUUGUUGAAGAUGAUUGAUUCACCUAAAACCAAUGAGUUAUGUAAAAAAUAUAAAAUUACUAAGGAAAAGUACACUCAAAAACAGAUUUUAGCUAGAAAAUUGUCUAAAGAAAUUAGUAGCAGUCAGACACAAUUGAAAGAGUUGAUAAAUCUUUGCAUAGCAAAAGAAAGAUUGAUAGAUGAUCUCUCAAAAACAAUGUCCCAUAAUACUCAGAACAAGGCACACUCAGAGAAGCUAGAUAAUGUGGGAGACCAAGACACUGUAAAAGAAAUAAGAAGACAUGAAACAAACCUGAAAACCUAUAAAAAGCAAAUUGAACAAAUAAAAAGACAAAUAAAAAAGGACGAGAAACGAAGAAAUACUUUAGAUGUUGAAUUAGUUAAAGAUAAGUUGAAAUUAGAUGAAUUAUCAGAGACUUCUGUUGAAGUGAAAGACAGGAAAGCCAAUACAUUGAAACAUUUCACACAUAGAAUUACUCAGUUAGACAGUAUAUUAAAGGAGAAAACAAAUGAUUUAGAAAACUUGGAACUAUCCAAAGAAAAAGAAUUGAUGUUAAGAAAAGAAAUUAAAAAUCUAAGGAAAACAAGAGAGUGUUUGCAUGAGCAAAGAUGCAGUUUAGGUCACAAAAGGAAAAUAUACAAAUCUUUAUCAGAUUCAGAGGAACGUAAGUUGCUUGAAUGUGAAGAAGCAAUAGAGGCAAUUGACACAGCAAUAGAGUACAAGAAUAAUUUGAUUUGUGGGAAGUCGCCUUCAGCUUCUCUUUCUGAUUCCCAAGACAAUAAAGAUUCGAGAAGCCGGGGAGAACAGAUGCUAAUGGCCAGGCUGGAUAAGUUGUCGCAUGAUGAAAUUAAGACACUUUUAUAUAGAUACUUCCAGAAGGUGGUCGAUUUACGCAGCGCGUGCGCAGCGCUAGAAGCGGGCGCGGCCGCGGCGGCAGAUGAGGCGGCCGUGUGGCGCGCGCGCGCAGCCGCCGCCUGGAGGCAUGCGCAGAGGAGCCGUACGCAAGCACAUGCCAGACACUUCCAGUCAAUACAUAGGUACCUGGAUAACAGUGCGGCAGAACGAGCUCUAUCCCUCGGCAUGACAACCGACUCCGAAACUUCAGACGAUGCAAUGCUUCUUGUUGACCGAAUGAAGCAAAUUGCACGGUACCCUCCGGCACCGAUAAUUCCUAGUCAGAACCUACGGCAAUUGAUGCCAGCGACAAACCUUCCUCAGGCUCGAGUUACUAAAGAAAAGAAUAAACUCGUUAUUGUACAGCAUAACAAGAAACACUGAUAUUGGGUUUUGUUAUUUUUGUUUAAUCUUAUAAUUAUAUAUGUGGCUUAUAAACUGAUUGUGUAUAUAGUUGCACUCGGAUUUGAUAAUCAACUUGAACUGUUUGGAGUAUGGAAUUGAUUUGAAAAUACUAAGAUCGGUGAGUGUAGAAAAUUUAACGCAGUAUAUAGCUUUACAUAGCGCUACAUUUUGAAAUACUCGAGAUAUGUAACUCGACAGUAAAAUACAACAACAAAAUUUCCAACAAACAACAUUUGUUUCAAUUAAAUUAAUUAAUGCAUAUUCAGGAUCGUAGCAAGUGGAAGGCUAUGGUCCCUGUCUAUCCCGAUCGGAAAAGGGCAUGAGUGUAUGUAUGUAAUUAAAUAAAAUACUGCCUUAGUAAAUUAGUUAAUAAUUUAUUGUACGUUUGUAAUACAAUUGCCCAAAUAAUUUUAAAUAAUUUACUCUUAUUUGGUGGUACAACCACAUACCAUGCUGAUAGCGUUGUACGCGGUAUAACACACAGCUAUACAAAGCUGUCUGCACAUUGCACAAAUCCUUAUUAUUUAUUUAUUGAACAUUGGUUGUAGACCCAUCAGCUUAAAAAGAUAACAAAUAACUAAGAAAGUCAAAACGUAAUAUUUUACAAAAUUAAUUCAUGGAAGAUCGGGAAAAACAAGAACCAGCCAGUUGUAUUCACUAAUCCUUAUAAAUGACUCUUUAUACACGCAUAUUUAUGUUUACUUGUUCGUCACGUUGUUUCACUUUUUCGAAUCUCGCAAUCGAUUUUAAGGGCGCGUUGAAAUUAGCGUGAGAGUCAGAAUGGCGGGUGUACCUUAACGGAUCCUGC